AUGCGAAAUGACAGUUUUUUCUUGGCGGCACCAGGGCCUAAAGCAGAGGAAGAAGAUUCAUUUCGAUCUUUACGGACAGAUGGUGAGGUGGAGAGCGUAGCGCGGAGGUUCUCAAAGUUUUACACACUUAUUUUAGAGAUAUCACUGCGGUUCUUUGAGAACCCGCUUCUGUUGCAUUAUUCGGACAUGCAAUAA